AUGAACUUCAAAAUAGUAGCGACUGUAGAGAAUGGAGAAAGAAAGCUUAUCAUAGUACCGUGCUUAUGGGAGACGAAUGGCGAAUUAAGAUGUCCAAAAGAACGAGCCGACAUCAUAAGAUUAGUCAAGGACAAAAACUCAAGACCUCUGCCUGACUGGCGCAUAACCGAAUGUGUUGUUAAACUGUCAUCUAUACCAUCUUAUGAACAAGCAGAAAAAGAGCUGCGGAACAUGCGCCAGCACCGCGAUGCGGACGUUAACAGUAGAAGAGAAGAACAUGUUGUGAAUCAUCAAGAGAGAACACCAAACUCGGUUACAGCAACUGCAAACCCCACGUCGAUACCUCUAGUAACGACACUGACAGUCGAAAAUAUUAAUGAGCAUGAGUUUGAGUACAUAGAUUGUAAGAAUAAUUUACCUACGACUUCAGUACAAACUCAGGAAAUCACAAAUACGAACCACGUUAUGGAAUACCUGAAAGUUAUUUCAGAUAGCCAAUACAACAUGGCACAAACAUUAAAUCUUGUAGUAGAUAAUCAAAAGAAACUUUUUCAUAAGCUUGCAAAUCUAUCUGUGCAAAUCAAGGACGUAAAUUCAAAGCGUGAUCAAAUUAAUAAAACACCUAUAACAUUGAGCGAAUCUACCGCAACUGAAAGAGAUGGUUUUAUAAUAAAACCCAUUGAAUCAGUUAGAGAGCUAGAAGAAAUGGAAUCGAUGUUAUCUGAUAAUACACACAAGUGUAAACUAAUGCAGCAAUAUUCACUGGUAUGUUCACAAUCAGAAGGAAAGGGAGUAACAUGUGCGUAUAAAAUGUUGGACUUAUUUUUCUCCAGAGAAUUUUUGUGUAAGUGUUCGUGGACGGGCGGCAGUAGGAGUGACGAAUUAAAAAUUGGAUUUAAAGGCUACAAAAAUAUACUCCAAUUUUACUUUGAAUUGAUAAAUUCCUGGGAUUCGACUUACACGAUGCAAGACAAUGAAAACUUUUUCAAAGUUAUUUUGAAAAACUCUGCAAAGAGAAAGCUCCACAAGAAUAUAAGAGCUUCAACAAAACGAACGAGAGCAAAAAAAGCUGUUAUUGUAAAGAAACAUCAAAAUCAAAUAGAAGGAAAUCACGCAGUAAGUCAACAUGAAUUAGAAAUAAGUGAAAGUCAACAAAGGAAUGAAACAAGACAACAGAUCUUCGCAGGACAGGAAUGA